CUCAUGGCGACGCACUCUGUCUCUUCAGACACCGUACCCAGCUUCCUUCGGGGGAGGGUUUAAGUGAGCGGAAACGGAAGUCUCGCUCUUUUCCGGCCUCCUCCUUGCUGCUUGCUCUGCCGGCCGCGCGCUCCCCUGCUCCCUCCGUAGCCAUGCCUCGCAAAAUCGAGGAGAUCAAGGACUUCCUGCUCACGGCCCGGCGAAAGGACGCCAAAUCCGUCAAGAUCAAGAAAAAUAAGGACAAUGUGAAGUUCAAAGUUCGGUGCAGCAGAUACCUUUACACCCUGGUCAUCACGGACAAGGAGAAGGCAGAGAAACUGAAGCAGUCCCUGCCCCCAGGUUUGGCAGUAAAGGAGCUGAAGUGAACCUGGCACCACUGAUUUGAACUGUAUUAAAGUUUUAAAAAUUCUU